AUGGCCCUAGACUGGGAGAAAAUAGCGGAAGCAAAGCGUCAAGCAAUUCUUGACUCUAUUCCGCAGAAAUGGCGCCUUGAUAAAAUUCCUUCUGCUGAGGAACAGAAAGAUGUUACAGAUGGAUAUAUACGCCAGUUUCUCAACAGCAAGGAAAGUGAGAUUACAGAAACCGACAUUGGAGGUCUUGCGAAACAAAUCGCAGCAGGAAACUGGACUUCUCUUGAGGUGACUGAGGCGUUUUGCCAUCGAGCAUCAAUUGCCCACCAACUGGUGAAUUGUGUGCACGAAUUCUUUUUUGACGCCGCUAUCGAAUCGGCCAAAGCCCUCGAUGCUUACUUUGCUAAGCACAAGAAGACAAUUGGACUGCUUCACGGCGUACCCAUUUCUCUAAAAGAUCAACUUCAUGUCAAAGGAGCUGAGACGACCAUGGGCUAUGUCGGCUGGAUUGACACGUUCGAAGGAAAUAGAGACGAUCCAAGAAAAGGAACAUUUGAGAGCGAAAUAGUCAGAGAGCUUCGCAACCUUGGGGCUGUUUUCUACUGCAAGACCAGCUGCCCCCAAACUCUGAUGUCUGGCGAGACUUUCAAUAACAUUAUCGAGUACACAUGGAAUCCAAAGAAUCGAUUCCUUUGCUCAGGAGGCAGUUCUGGUGGCGAAGGCGCCCUAAUCCGUUUGAAAGGUUCACCGGGUGGACUUGGGACAGACAUCGCCGGCUCAGUCAGAAUGCCGGCCGCAUUUAGUGGAACAUAUGGUAUCAAGCCAACGUGGGACCGAUUGCCUUACAGGGGAAUAGCAACCUCUAUGGAUGGCCAGAACAGCAUUUUGUCUUCUGUUGGGACAAUGGCCACAACGGCGGCGGGAGCUAAGCUACUCGUUCAAGCAAUAUUAUCCCAGCAGCCAUGGUUGUACGAUCCUCGGGUUGUUGACAUGCCAUGGCGCGACACACUAGAAGCAGAGACCAAAGAACUCACAAAGGUGACCUCGAAAGGGCCACUUGUAUUCGGAGUCUUGAAAACUGAUGGAGUUGUGAAUCCUCAGCCUCCUGUCGCUCGCGCCAUCUCCAUACUCACAGCGGCUCUCAUAAAGGCUGGGCAUAAAGUCGUUGAAUGGACGCCACCAGCCAACUCUCAUCAGGCAAUGAUGGCUGCCAUAGUCAAUUCAUGGCGCUAUGAUGGGGGAAAAGAUGUUCAUGACGCUUUGGCUCUCUCGGGAGAAAAGAUUCAUCCACAGAUACAACGACUAUUUGGAACCUCUCCAACGGAGCAAUUUAACGGUACUCAAAUUGCAGCAAACAACAUUGAGAGACGUCGUUUACAAACCGAAUACAUGGAUUACUGGAACUCUACUAUUGAGGUGACUGGCACGGGUCGACCAGUCGACGGUUUUAUUUGUCCAGUUGCACCUUAUGCGGCGGCAAGGCCUCAAAAGUAUAAAUAUUACGGUUACAGUGCAUUUGUCAAUGUAUUGAACUACACCAGUGUCAAUGUGCCUGUCACUCUGGCGGAUCAGAACAUUGACAAGUACGAUCCGGGUUAUACUCCUUUGAAUGAGCUCGACCGAGCUACUGUUGAAGAUUACGACGCAGAAUUAUAUGAUGGAGCGCAUGUUGGCUUACAAAUUGUCGGGAGGAGCUAUACUGAAGAGAAGAUGCUUGUCAUUGCUGAGUAUGUAAGCGAGUUAUUAUCUCAAGAUAAUGCUUAG